UCUGCGCAGGGUGAGAGAGUAGAGCGAGCGAGGCGGAGAGAGAGAGAGAGAGAGGAUGCUCAGUCGGCGAGUCACAUCUCCUGCAAGGCUGAGUCUUGGUCCGCUCCAUCCAGCAGCAGCAGCAGCAGCAGCUCUGGGAAUGGAACCACCAACCAGGAGCUAAUUGGCGACAACUUCUUCAACGUGACACACUCUUCUUCUAUCUUCCUGUGGUCAACUUCCAUCAUCCUGGGAACUUCUCCCUUGCACGGUGCCAAUUAUCACAUUGAAAGCCGCCCCGGCCGCCGCUGACCCUGUUAGCCAUCCUUAAUGUCAAUUCCCCGGCGCCCGAGUGGAAGGAAUUACCUCUCUUUUCGUCUCCAAUCGGGGGAAAAAAACGCAGGGGCGCGCAGCAGAAUGCAGAGCUUGACUGCACCGUGGUGAAACGAGCUUGUGGACUGUGUGGUUAAAAAAAAUAAAUAAAAAAAACCCGGAGGGGUUUUGACAUUUAAUUUUUAUAUUUAUUUUAUUUUUUAUUUUUUUUAUUUUUAUUUUUUCCUCCUCCUCUUCUGGCCGGGGAGAGUUUUGGAGCAGAGCGAGGACAAGGGGGGUGCGCAGAUGAUGGCGUGGUGCCGCUCAGGCGUACGCCGAGCCCUGGCUCUCCUGGCGCUCCUGGGCCUCCUGCUUCCCGUCCGACAGGGAGGCUGCUCGGGGCCCGGUGGCGGCGGCUCCGGGGACGCCGACUCCCCCCUGCACCCUGGUGCACCCUCCUGGGGGGACCUGCAUAGGCACAAGCGCAGCUGGGUAUGGAACCAGUUCUUCGUGCUGGAGGAGUUCACAGGGAAUGAACCUCUCUACGUCGGAAAGCUUCACUCCGACGUGGACAAAGGCGACGGCAAGGUGAAGUACGUCCUGACGGGCGAGGGCUCCGCCUCCAUCUUCACUAUCGACGAGAACACGGGCGACAUCCACGCCACCAAGAGGCUGGACCGGGAAGCGCAGGCCUACUACACGCUUCAGGCUCAAGCCGUGGACCGACUCACCGACCUGCCCGUGGAGCCCAGGUCGGAGUUCGUGGUCAAGGUGCAGGACAUUAACGAUAACGAGCCCAGGUUCCUCGACGGACCCUACUUUGCUGGAGUGCCGGAGAUGUCCCCUCUCGGAACCAUGGUGGUGCAAGUGGCGGCCACAGACGCCGACGACCCCACGUACGGGAACAGCGCCAGGGUGGUGUACAGCAUCCUGCACGGGCAGCCAUACUUCUCUGUGGAGCCCAAGACAGGUGUCAUCAGAACUGCUUUGCCCAACAUGGACCGAGAGACCAGGGACCAGUAUGUGCUCGUCAUCCAGGCCAAAGACAUGGUCGGCCAGAUGGGCGGACUCUCGGGGACCACGUCCGUCACCGUCACGCUCACUGACGUCAACGACAACCCGCCUCGCUUCCCUCACAAGGUAAACCAGUACACCGUCCAGGAGUCGCUCCCCGUGCGGUCUGUGGUGGCGCGGAUCAAGGCGGUCGACGCCGACGUGGGCCCCAACGCCGAGAUGGACUACAGGAUCAUGGACGGCGACGGACCGGGCCUGUUCAACAUAACCACGGACGAGAACACGCAGGAAGGAGUCGUCCUCCUGCUAAAGCCUCUCGACUUCGAAACAAAGAGCAGUUUCUCUCUGCGGGUGGAGGCCACCAACCGGAACAUCGACUCCAACUUCCUGAGCUUGGGCCCGUUCAGCGACACCACGGCGCUCAAAGUGACCGUGGAGGACGUGGACGAGCCCCCGGUCUUUUCGACGCCGCUCUCCAAGAUGUCGGUCUCCGAGGACGCACGGGUGGGCACGUCCAUUGGGCGGGUGUCGGCGCACGACCCGGACACUUCCAACAACGGCAUCAGGUACUCCAUCGACCGCAACACGGACAUGGAACGCUUCUUCAACGUGGACGCCCUCAGCGGCAUCAUCAGCACGGCCAAGCUUCUGGACCGGGAGGCCAACUUGGUGCACAACCUCACCAUCCUGGCCAUCGAGAGCCAGGAUCCAAACCAAAUCGGGAAAGGCUUGGCUAUCGUAACCGUGUUGGACGUGAAUGACAACGCCCCCGUCUUCGCCAUCGACUACGAGACCCUGCUCUGUGAAAACUCAGCGCCUGGAACGGUGAUCCAGACGGUCAGCGCUGUGGACGACGACGAACCUCAGAGCGGUCAUCGCUUCUACUUCGCCCUGGAUGCCGACGUCGCCGGGAAACAGAACUUCACGCUUCGAGAUAACAAAGUGAUGGUCCUGUUGAUCGUGACCAUGCGUCGCAGGCGGAAGGUGCCGCUCAUCCUGGAGGAGGAGCGAGACAUCCGCGAGAACAUCGUCCGCUACGACGACGAGGGCGGCGGCGAGGAGGACACGGAGGCCUUCGACAUGGUCGCCCUGCGCAACCUCAACGUCAUCAGGGACCCCAGCGUGCGGCGAGACGUCACCCCGGACACGCCCACCUUCUUCCAGUACACGGCGCCGUCCCGCCCGGCCUACAAGUCCCUGCCGGACAACGUGGUCUUCCGGGAGUUCAUCUGGGAGCGCCUGAAGGACGCCGACGUGGACGCGUCGGCGCCGCCGUACGACUCGCUGCAGACGUACGCCUUCGAGGGCAGCGGCUCGGUGGCCGACUCGCUGAGCUCGCUGGAGUCGCUCAGCACGGACUCGGACCAGAACUACGACUACCUCAGCAGCUGGGGGCCGCGCUUCAAGAAGCUGGCCGACCUCUACGGCAACGCCGAAGGAGGCGCGGGCGGCGUCUUCUCGUAGCGUCCACAUGACAGAUGAGUCAUUUACUGCGAUUUAGUCUGCCUUAUCAUCGGGACUCAAAGACAAGACGCUUGUUUACGUCCUCGGUUGGAUUUGACUCCAAAGACAUUCAAAGGUUUCGCUCUCGGGCUCGGCGCCAGACGGCGACUGCUGAUUCCAAACGAGAGCGUUUCCUUCCGUGGGCUCGGCGGUACCUGUCCUUUCAUCGGGGGACUUGUCUCUGCUCGUCCCUGCUGGCAAAUCAGUGUCAUUUAUAUGCUUUUUCUGGGAUGGGGGGAAAUGGGGGGGUUCCACGUUGUUGAGCGUCUCAGCGAGCUAAAAGGAAGCGACAUCAUCAAAAAGAACUCCAUGUCUCCGCCGGGUGAGACGGGGACGCCGCUUCUACGCUCCUCGCCAUUCAGAUGUUCAAAUGUCGUGUUUGUCGUUUAUUUUUUAUUUUUAUUCAGCCUCCUGCCGCCUCGCUUUUGGAGCUAAAAACAAUCCCGCUGCCCUGCG